AUGUCGCUAGAAACCCUGAAGAGAUUGCCUUUGUAUCUCCGGCAGCUACUUCGAAUAUACGAGAAAGGUACUACUCGGCUUUCUGUCAAUAAAGAUUCCAAUGUAAAGGGUUUCCUCCGUAAGACGUCAGAUGAGUAUGGGAAUUUCCAGGCAUACAAGUUAAUACGAGAAAAUGAGUUCAACCACAGAGACUUUCCACCAGCGGUGGCUAAAAGUUUAGAACCCCUUUUCAACACCCGAUUGCAACUUACAGACCUUGAGAAAUUGAGCACCAGAGAUCUUUUCAGAAAAGACGUUUUUUCUACAAUUACAGAUGAAGAUGAUUCUAUUCAUUCCAGUUAUUCCAGAACGACAACAUCCACCACCGAUUUCCAAGCUAAGAUCAUAACGACUUUGGCAGCACAAGUUUCACCUUUUCUUUCCGUGCCGAAACAACUGUCCAUCGAGAAGUCGUUCAAAUGGUUUGUGAAACUUCUACAGUCUACGCCAGUGUUUCUCAUAUUAAAACAGAGAAGCAGACUUUUCUCUGAGGGAUCGCUCAACCAGUACGAUAUGCCGUUCAAUUCCUUAAAGACUAAGGUCACUGAGAUUUCAAACAGAAAAGCAGAAGAAGUAGCAAGCAGAGAAGUGGAAUCGCAGAAUUCUUCAGAGAUAUAUAGAAACUACCACCUCACGGAUCUUCUGAGAAUAGACUUGUUCAAUCUUGCCAUCAAGUCGCAAACAGAUUUUGACAAUCAUCCCAUCAGCCAGUUUGAAGACAUCUUGAAUGGACUUCGAUGGAAGGAAGUUAACCAAAGAAAGGACAAACUAUGCGAUCUUUUAACUGAAUCACAAAACGUUCAGCUCGUGGACAAGACGUUUUCUAAUGUAGAGUUGCGGAAUUUCAAACACUUCAUAGAAACCAAAAAUAUCUGGAAAACACUCGCGACAUCGAAAGAAUCCGACGUAAGGAGCUUGUUACCGUUUGAUUUAACUUACAACAACUACUACCUACUUUGUAUUGAAAACCUGGUGUUGGAUAGCGACCACAGCCAAGUGUUAGAAGCUGUUUCGAAGUCUGAUUUUGAGGUAAUAGCAGCAAGAAUAUCGCUCCAGAACUCUGACAUAAUUAACUUCUUCACUGAUCUCAUCCAGCAAUCUAGUGACACACAUUCGAGAAAAUUGAACUACGAAGAGUUGUUGCAGAUCGCACACGCCAACAGAGAGCCACAUGUCUCUGGUAUUAACGACCUUAUGAAACAUCUAGCAGAGAUGAAUCUUGUCACUGUUGAGGAAGGAUGUGACAAGAAUUGUAUAUACUUUCUUCCUGGGAAUAGACCUUGA